AUGUCGGCUGCAUCCACCGCGGAACGUGUGUCGCUCUUGACAUCUUGUGGCGAAUGGGAUCUGGCACUGGGAGUCAUUCCAACGGCCUCCAUCAAAUCUGCGCCUCUUUACUUGCUGGAGGCACAAGCUUUCCAUGCAAGAGCUUUUGUUGGCAACGAUCGGGAUGGGGACACGCACCGAGCUUGCGAGGGAGCGCAGCACGCGAUCAAUCAGCUGCGACAGCUGAACAUGGCUUCGGCUGACGAAGCAUUAUUAGCUCAAGCCCUGUUGCUCAAAGCAAACACUUUGGCAAACUUGGCGGCAUCCGAGGUGCUUGAGUUUAAGCAGUCGCUGAACGAAGCAACAUCCGCAGUCCGAGAGGCUGAGCGUGUGCUGUGCGCCUUCAAUCUACCGGACGUGGCGAAUGCAUAUCGCAUCAUGGGAGUGAUCAGGCAAACGAGGCACCAACUUCGCCAAGAAGACACAGCAUCGCUAAGAAAAGCUCAGUUGUACUUUCUUGCUGCGAUUCGUGAAUAUGAGAAGCACGGUGUGGAAGCGAGCAGCGAGUGGUACGCUGUCUCGCACUGGAACAUGUACAUCAUUCUACGGAGGCUUGAUAAAGCGAAGAAGGCAGUUUCUUUUCUGAAGCGCGCCGCGGAUCUCAGAGCCUACUCUCAGGGCUCUAAGCAUCCUUACACCCGCAGAUACCAACGAUUACUGCAAGAGGAGAAAGGACGUCUCCGACGUCUCCAGGUCUGCAUGGGCGAUGCAGAAAUGCAGCAGGAAGUGGACAGCUCUCUAGAUGAGCAUGACACGUAUGACACAUUUUCGUCAGGAGUUCAAAGCCUAUUCAGGAAAGAGGCCGCGAUUCGUUGA